AUGAUGUUUGUGUCUUGGUCAGAUCAGAACAACAUUCUCAUCUACCGGACAUUUGAAGACUUUAAAAGAUUCCAUAAAGAGCUGAAGAGAAAAUUCCCCAUCGAGAGUGGCUCGCUCAGGAGAUCUGACCGGACGAUACCCAGGCUUAAAGGUAAGGAGAACAUUGUUGAUGCAAAUGCGAAGCAGAGGAUGGGUGGGAAGCUGAACAGGUGCCUGGAGAUACUGAAACUGCUGGAAACUUACUCCCAGGAGCUGCUGAAAACGGACGCUAAAAUUUCCCAGGGUGAAGAUGUGAUUCAGUUUUUCAAGGCACAGACCCAAGACCUAGAUCCCUGCUUUCCUGAAAACAGUGUUGUGAUCAUGCCAUCAGAAAUUGGAGGGGAAAAGAAAACCCAGCCACGGCAGCAGCUCUCCUCUAUUACACACCCCCAGGCAACCCAGAGCUACAGGUGCAUCGAAACCUUUGAAACCAAAGACACAAAGAACAAGGCUUUCAAAGUCGCCAAGAAGGAAAUCGUUGAAGUGUUAAUCAAGGACAUGACUGGAUGGUGGCUAGUGGAAAAUGCAGACAAGCAGAUAGCCUGGUUCCCAGCCUCGUACCUGGAAGAGAUUGACCUCCACAAGGAUGUCCAGAACACCCUGAGCUCAAAGGAGGAGGGUAGCCUGUACUUUGUUGUGCAGGCCUACGAGUCUCAAAAGGCAGACGAGCUCUCGCUGAACAACGGUGUCGUCGUGGAGGUGGUCAGGAAAUCUGACGACGGCUGGUGGCUGAUCCGGUACAACGGCCGUACUGGCUACAUGCCCUCCAUGUGCCUCCGGCCCUACAAGAAUCCUCACCACAAGCUCCAGACCAUCAUAAGCUGUGGGCUCAAUGUCUCCACCCCAAACCUCUGCUCCCCCCUGAUGGCUCCCCAGCCCCGGGGUGAGGCCGUGGGGCAGCGCAGCGUGCAGGCUUCCUCUUCGCUUGACCAGACUGAAGAAGACAUGAGCGCUCCUAGAAGCAGAUCAAGGUCUCUGCCCAGGGCCAGCUCCACCCCGGACCUGGAGUCAGACAGUUCGGCCCUCAGCUCCGGGAGCAGCAGCGAGUGGGACAGCCAGCUGAGCUGGAAGCCUAACUUGUCAAGAUCUCUGCCUGAAGUCGAGCAGGCUCGGAGCACUCCCCCAGGACAUACCUUGGCCACAGACAGCAGCAAGUCUCCACGCCUCACCCACGACAACAGGAAUGAUUCCGGCUUUGUGGAAUCAUCUGCAGCCGAUCUAAGCUACUCCCUCACUGACCCAGACUUGGCCACUUGUGUCCCCAAGGUGCCCGUGCGCCCCUCAGCCCAUGAGAUCCUCCAGAAGUGCAGCACCAUCACAAAGCGAGCCGUGCAGCAGUCUUCCUCCCGGCCAGCCCUCCCGGCUGUGCUCCCUCUCUGCAGCACGCAUUAG